ACCGAAGACCCAGCAGAUUCUAGUCUCCUGGGUCAAAUAGACUGAGAGAGAAGGCCCUCUCUCUUUCUCGCCUAACUCUGCUCUCUGCUUCGAUCUGAACAGAUCAAAGCCCAAGCUUUCAACAACAGCUUCCAAUUCUCUCUCUACUUCACCUCCAACUGCCAUGGCUCCGAAGCCAAUUGCCAGUCCCGUGGCGGUCACGUGGUAUCCGACCCUCGCCGUCGUGAUGCUUGCCAUCGGCCUCAUCUUCACCGCUUCCUUCUUCAUCUAUGAAGCGACCAUAUCUAGGAAAAGCCGCAGUCUUGCUAAGGAGCUUAUAACAGGAACAGUGGCCUCUGUCUUCUUGGGUUUCGGAUCCUUGUUCUUACUGCUCGCAUCGGGUGUUUAUGUCUAAGGCUAUAAAGUUUUGAAAUUUUGUUAACAAAAAAAAUCAGAGAUUUACAUGAAGGAUAUGAUAUUGUUGACAUUGUUAGUUUAAGGUACUCUUACUUGUGUUGUUCUUAAAUGAGACAAGUUUGAUUAAACUAUUUUAUGGCAUAAUGUCUCGAAACGAAGAUGUUGAAUUGCAAUGGUGCUUUAGAUUUUUCGUUU